AUGUAUACAAGAUCGCGAAAUUUUACUUCAAUAAAUUCCUCUCCCUCUUCGUCUUUCGAUUCACCCAUAACUUCUACAGAGAAUAGUCCCAAGCUUAUGAUACCUUCCACGCUCACUGAUUCAGUAAAUUUCAGCAAUUCUUCCUCAACAAUUCCACCAUCGAAUAAUCAUCAAAGAUUUAAAGAUCUUUUAAUAUUUGAGGAAAGACUUAAACAGAAUUUACAUCAAUUACAGAGAAGAAGUUACAAAUAUGAAGUCUUUGUCUAUGAAAAUAAACAUCCAACUUUUCAAUUUUUCUGUAAAUUAAUGCUCUUUAUUGCCGCGACUAUUUUGGUAAUGUUUUUUAUGAAAAAUAUUUACGCAGAAAAGGUCAGAGUGGCCACAAGAUUUGUUCCACAAUGUAAUCGCGUAUUAAGACAAUUUAACAUGCAUUUUAACGCAAUUGGAGGUGAAAUCGUUUUUAACAAAAAAGUGCCAAGGAAGUUUCAGGAAGGAUUUGAAAGAUAUCGUCAAAUGUAUUAUACAAAGAAGAGUCAAAGGGCAAAAGAAAGGGAAGGGAAAUAG